AUGGCCCACGAGCUGUACCACCCGGAGUUCUCCCGGGCGGGCAAGCAGGCAGGGCUGCAGGUCUGGAGGGUUGAGAAGCUGGAGCUGGCGCCGGUGCCCCAGAGCGCGUACGGCGACUUCUACGUCGGGGAUGCCUACCUGGUGCUGCACACGGCCGAGGCGAGCCGAGGCUUCAGCUACCGCCUGCACUUCUGGCUCGGAAAGGAGUGCUCCCAGGAUGAAAGCACAGCAGCUGCCAUCUUCACUGUGCAGAUGGAUGACUAUUUGGGUGGCAAGCCAGUGCAAAGUAGAGAACUUCAAGGCUAUGAAUCUACUGAUUUUGUUGGCUAUUUCAAAGGAGGUCUGAAAUAUAAGGCUGGGGGUGUAGCUUCUGGACUAAAUCACGUUCUCAUCAACGACCUGACCGCCCAGAGGCUGCUGCAUGUGAAGGGCAGGAGAGUGGUCAGGGCGACAGAAGUUCCCCUCAGCUGGGACAGUUUCAACAAGGGCGACUGCUUCAUCAUUGACCUUGGCACCGUAAGUUUCAUAUGCACACGUAGAGGUCUACAGGAUCGUAAAAAUGCUAAUGCCCAGGAGAGGAAGGCUGCAAUGAAAACAGCUGAAGAAUUCCUACAGCAAAUGAAUUAUCCCACCAAUACCCAAAUUCAAGUUCUUCCAGAAGGAGGCGAAACACCAAUCUUCAAACAGUUCUUUAAGGACUGGAAAGAUAAAGAUCAAAGUGAUGGCUUCGGAAAGGUCUAUGUCACAGAGAAAGUGGCUCAAAUAAAACAAAUUCCAUUUGAUGUUUCAAAAUUACAUAGUUCUCCGCAGAUGGCAGCACAACACAAUAUGGUGGAUGAUGGUUCUGGCAAAGUGGAGAUUUGGCGUGUAGAAAGCAAUGGUAGGAUCCCAAUUGACCAAGACUCAUAUGGUGAAUUCUAUGGUGGUGACUGCUACAUUAUACUCUACACUUAUAACAGAGGACAGAUUAUCUACACUUGGCAAGGAGCGAAUGCCACAAGAGAUGAGCUGACCACAUCUGCAUUCCUGACUGUUCAGUUAGAUCGGUCUCUUGGAGGACAGGCUGUUCAGAUCCGAGUCUCCCAAGGCAAAGAGCCUGUUCACCUGCUGAGUUUGUUCAAAGACAAACCGCUCAUUAUUUACAAGAAUGGAACAUCAAAGAAAGGAGGUCAGGCACCUGCUCCCCCUACACGCCUCUUUCAAGUCCGGAGAAACCUGGCAUCCAUCACCAGGAUUGUAGAGGUUGAUGUUGAUGCAAAUUCACUGAAUUCCAAUGAUGUUUUUGUCUUGAAACUGCCACAAAAUAGUGGCUACAUCUGGAUAGGAAAAGGUGCUAGCGAGGAGGAGGAGAAAGGAGCAAAGUACGUAGCAUGUGUCCUCAAGUGCCAAACCUUAAGGAUUCGGGAAGGCGAGGAACCAGAGGAGUUCUGGGAUUCCCUUGGAGGAAAAAAAGACUACCAGACCUCACCACUACUAGAAACCCAGGCUGAAGACCAUCCACCUCGUCUUUACGGCUGCUCUAACAAAACUGGAAGAUUCAUUAUUGAAGAGGUUCCAGGAGAGUUCACUCAGGAUGAUUUAGCAGAAGAUGAUGUCAUGUUACUAGAUACUUGGGAACAGAUAUUUAUUUGGAUUGGAAAAGAUGCUAAUGAAACUGAGAAGACAGAAUCUUUGAAGUCUGCCAAAAUGUACCUUCAGACAGACCCUUCUGGAAGAGACAAGAGGACGCCAAUUGUCAUCAUAAAACAGGGCCAUGAGCCACCAACAUUCACAGGCUGGUUCCUGGGCUGGGAUUCCAGCAGGUGGUAAAUUUAUUUUUGUAAAAAGCAAACAAACAAACAUAAUUGGUCAGUUGUACCAUUGCUGGUUUUUUUUGGGGGGGAGGGGUGUUUUUUGUUUGUUUUUUUAGCUUUAAAAAAUUAA